AUGAGUGAUGACAUACUUCGCAAGAGGCAAAGACUCUUGGGUCACUCAAAUCUAGAACUGGACGAUGAGACCCUUGAGCAAUACACUUUAAUUGAAGUGGAAAAGUUGCUGCGGAAGCAUGACCGCUCAAUAAGUGAUAUUAAAGAUAUGCCUAAGAUCAAACCUGUUUUGCUAAAGGAAUUGGGUAACAGUUUGUGGACCCAAGAAUUGGAUUAUGAUGUCGCAGAGGAAACAUUAAGACAUGACACACAGUUUACCCUUCUUAAUGCUGAUCAACAUGCGAUUUAUGAUUCAGUUUUAGACUCCGUUGAUAAAAAGUCUGGAAAACUAUUCUUUGUUAAUGGCGCAGGUGGUACGGGAAAAACAUUCCUAUACCAAACCAUUAUAUCCAGACUUCGUUCAAAAAAACAAAUCGUCCUACCGGUUGCUUCUUCAGGGAUAGCCGCAUUGCUCUUACCUAACGGAAGAACAGCUCAUUCCCGCUGCAAUAUUCCUUUGAAGCUUUCUGAAGAUAAGUUAUGCAACAUCAAACCAGGAACAAUGCUAGCUGAGUUAAUUGAGAAAACGGACCUCAUAAUUUGGGAUAAGGCGCCUAUGACUCAUAAGCAUGCUUUUGAAGCACUAGAUAAGACUUUGAAGGAUAUAAUGUCGAGGAAAAAUCCUCCCGCAAAGGAAAUGACUUUUGGUGGAAAGACAAUUUUGUUGGGUGGUGAUUUUAGACAGAUUUUACCAGUAAUUCCUCAAGGUAGUAGAGCUGAUACUGUCUUAGCUUCAAUAAGUCAUUCCUAUCUGUGGGAUAGCUGCAUCAAGUUUACUUUAAAAGUAAACAUGCGAGUCAAUCAGGACGAAAAAGAGUUCUCAGAGUGGCUUCUCAAGGUCGGAGAAGGUCAAUCACAAUCAUCAGAAGAAGAUGAGGAUGAUGGUUACCAUGAGCAAAUGAUAACUGUUGACGACUCAUUGGUUCACCAGACUACGGAUUGCUGUGUUGUUGUUGAAGUGUGGAAGAAGAAAGGAUCGUUUCAGCUCAUUCGAGAUCAGUUUCAGGCCUUUUUAAAUUUGGUUUCAAGACUUGAAUCAAGAUUCACUGAGUAUUUGUUACUCACGACUCAUUCGUGUGUGCAGGUAACCAUUAGGCGGGAGAUACUUUUCUCUUUUGGACUAGAAGGAACGGCGUAA